UGGGGUACACUGGACGACGUGGUGAUGGGCGGACGCUCCGCCUCGUCCUUCCAGCUCACCACGGACGACGAUGGGCUGGCCGUUGGCCGCUUCGAGGGCGUCGUGACGACUCGCGGCGGAGGCGGUUUCACAGGUGUUCGUACGCGCACGCUGUCGCCGCCGCUCGACCUCCGUGCGGCUGCGGCCGCUGCGGAGGGCGGCGGCGACCUGACCGUCGUGCUCCGCGUGCGAGGCGACGGCAACCGCUUCAAGUUUGUCAUGCGAGAUGACGAGGACUGGAACGGCGUCGCUUGGACGCAGAGCUUCGACACCGCGGCUGGAGAGUGGACGACGGCGCGACUGCCACUGGCUGGGUUUGUGCCGACGCGAUUCGCGCGCACCGACCGCCUGGCGAGGCCCUUCCGCGCCGACCGCUGCACCGCCCUGCAGUUUGCGCUGAGUAAGUUCGAGUACGACGCGGGCCUCAACCCGCGCUUCGAGGAGGGGCGAUUCCGGCUGGACGUGCAGAGCAUC